AUGCCAGAAAUGCGCCAGUCAUCCAUACACUUUUGUUGUGGGAUUGCAUUUUACCUGCUCAGCCUGCUCAGCAAAAAGAUGCCGUACUGGGAUUGCCCUGCCCUGGCGUUCAUUGUGGAGGUCCUCGAGUGCCUGGACUUGAGGGAAUGCAGUGACAGCGUUCUGGAGAUCAUGUCAAAGAACCUGUGGAGUGCGGACGGGGAGAGGCGUCACUUGGCACUCCGAGGCCUCGUGGUGCUGGGCAAGAAUCCCUUGAUGGCUGAAAAAAUGUGGAGCCUGACUGAAAGUCUUGUGGAGCUCCUGGAGGAAAAUGAUAGCGAUGUGAUCAGGAUGACCAUUCUCCUACUCAGAUAUUUAUUCCUGGAUAAUGGUACCCCAAUACCCAGCUCCCUCGCCCUGCAGCUGGCUGAGGCGCUCCUGCCACUCUUUGACCACGAUGAUAGCCAGGUGCAGCUGAGCUCCAUGAUGGUCUUUCAAGAGAUGCUGGAGUUAUUAUCGGAAGAUGGAAAACAUGCCCUGAAGUCACCCGUGCACCACAGCCUGCUGCCACUCUACUUCCACUGCCAUGAUGAGAAUCAGAUUGUUGCUGAGUGUUCUCGGGAAACGCUGCUUUGUGCAGCCAAGUUCCUGAAGAGGAGGGAUAUCAAAAAGCUGGUGAAGGAGGAGAAACUGUGGAAGUUCAGCAAGUGCUUGGUAAGAAUGACUGAGAAUCCCCAACCUCAGCCUGGAGAAGGCCUCUGA